CCCCGCCCCUUCGUGCACGCAGCCCUCCACUUUUCUCUCCACACUCUGCGCGGCUGUCAGCGAGGCGAGAAGCCAGGCGUUCUCCCGCCCUUCCUACCACCUCACCUCGGUCAAACAUGGCUACAGUGGUGACCUCGACCCGCUUCACGGAUGAAUACCAGCUCUACGAGGAACUCGGAAAGGGUGCUUUCUCCGUGGUGAGGCGAUGCGUCAAGAAGUCCACCGGCCAGGAGUACGCUGCGAAAAUCAUCAACACCAAGAAGCUCUCUGCCAGAGGUGAGUGCACGCAGGAAAGCAAUGGCGUCGUGUAGGAUGCCUGACAACUG